GACAGCUAGCUGGCAACGCCAAGCAGUGAGUUUAAAAUCGAAAAAAUACGUUACACGCUCGACUUGAAAUGCGUAUUUUGAUGCUGUUGAGCGCCUUUUUUGCAACUUUUUGCUACGCCAGCUACGAUUAUUAUCGCCUACCACGCUCCAUAAAACCGCAACACUAUAACCUGCGCAUUAUGACACAUCUGGAAGAUGCCACACGCCUCUUUUUUACGGGAGAUGUCGAAAUUCAGCUGAGAAUUCUCCAAUCCACGAAGAAUAUCACGUUGCAUGCGGGUGCCGGCUUGAAUGUUCCCAAAAGCGGCAUACGCCUAAAAUUAUUGAAGCACUAUUGCAACGAACUAGUUGAUAUAAGCAGUGUACAGCGUCUUGCCAAAUAUGAUUUCUACAUAUUGCACUUGGAGCAACAACUGCGGCAGGGACAACGCUAUCAGCUGCGCUUGCAGUUCUGGGGAAGAUUGGGGCGCACCAUGAGCGGCUACUAUGCCAGCUCGUACCGUGAUAGUGCAGACAAUUGCACAAGGUUUAUAUCGGUGACGCAGUUUGAGCCAGCGGAUGCGCGCACCGCAUUUCCCUGCUUCGAUGAACCCAAUUUUAAGGCGACUUUCAAUAUUACAUUAGGCCAUCAUGACCAAUACAAUGCGCUCAGCAAUAUGCCCAUCCUGGAGAGGAUACCCAUAUGCGAACGCCAGAACUGGCUGUGGAGCAUAUUCAAGCAAACGGAGGUCAUGUCCACCUAUCUGGUAGCCUAUAGCGUUAACGACUUCCAGGGCUAUGCCUCACAGAAUCAGGAGUGUCGCGUAAAGUUUACCACCUGGGCUCGUGCCACGGCCAUUAAGCAGUGUGGCUAUGCGGCAAAGAUUGGUCCCAGGUUGCUGGUCUAUUAUGAGGAGAUGUUUGACAUUGAAUAUCCCCUGCCCAAAAUGGAUCAGCUGGCUGUGCCAGACUUUAGUGCGGGCGCCAUGGAAAACUGGGGUCUGAUCACGUACCGUGAGGCGGCGUUGUUUUAUGCCGAGGAGGCCUCCUCGCAGCUGGACAAACAGCACGUAGCCAAUAUUAUUGCACACGAGCUGGCCCAUCAGUGGUUCGGCAAUCUGGUCACAAUGGAAUGGUGGAAUGAUCUCUGGCUAAAUGAGGGAUUCGCCACCUAUAUGGCCACGCUGGGCAUAGAGAAACUGUGCAGCAAAUGGCAUGUCUAUGAGGAGCAGAUGUUGGACAAUGUGCUGGCCGUGCUCAAUACGGACGCCUACUGCAAUACCCGGCCCAUACACCAGGCAGUAUGCCAGGCCAGUCAAAUAUCGGAGCUCUUCGAUUCCAUUACCUAUCGCAAGGGCUCGGUUAUCAUACGCAUGAUGCACAUAUUCAUUGGGGAUGUGGCCUUUCGGCGCGGCCUCAACUGUUAUCUGGUGAAGCAUGCCUAUAGCAAUGCCAGGCAGGAGGAUUUAUGGCUAGCGCUGACGGAGGCGGCGCAUCAAUGCGGCAGCAUGCCACUCGAUCUGGAUGUGCAGACCGUGAUGGACACGUGGACGCUGCAAAAGGGCAUACCCUUGAUCAAUGUGAAGCGGCAUUAUAUGAUGAAGACUGCGACAAUUACUCAGCAACGAUUUCUGCUGCAUGACAAGGAGUUUGUGCACAAGAAGCUAGAUCCGCCAUUGGCCGAGGAGUCCUGCUGGUUUGUGCCCAUCAGCUAUGCCACAGACUGUUCAUCGAAUUUCAUUGCCGCGGAACCGCGCGCCUGGCUGCGUUGCACGGAACAGCACGAGCCGUUGCCCCUGGAGCUGGAGCAGCUGCCGGGCGACGAUGAGUGGUUGAUCUUGAAUGUGCAGGUAGGCUCGCCGUAUCGCGUCAACUAUGACACCCACAAUUGGGAACUGAUUAUCAAGGCGCUGCACAGUCGAGCAUUUAAGCGGAUUCAUGUGAUGAAUCGCGCCCAGUUGCUAGAUGAUGCACUGGCCCUUGCCUGGUGUGGUCUAAUGCACUAUGAACUGGCCCUCGAGCUGCUGGACUAUGUGCGGCACGAGCGCGAAUAUAUGCCCUGGCGUGCAGCAUUGGAUCAGCUGGGUGGCAUCUAUCGCAUCGUGCGACACACCAACCAAUACGACGAGUUUCAGCACUUUAUGCACCAUCUGCUGGGGCCCAUCUAUUGCCGCCUGGAAGGCAUGCAGGAGGAUUGCGACAAUCGACAUCAUGCCGCACAUAAGACCUUGAUUAAUAAGUGGGCGUGUCGGCUAUCGCUAGAGGAUUGCGUGGAGCAUGCUUUAAGGUAUUAUCAUCGCUGGUUCAUCUCCCGUGCGCCGGACGACACAAAUCCGGUGCCGGUCAAUCUGCGCUCGGUGGUCUACUGCACCGCCAUGCGGCAUGGCGAUGCGGAGGAUUGGAACUUUCUGUGGCAGCGAUAUCGCAGCACCACAGUGGCCAGUGAGCAGCGUCUGAUACUCCUCGCUCUGGGCUGCACACACAAGGUAUGCCUGCUGCAACGCUAUCUGAGCAUUAUCUACCACGAGAAGUCCUUUAUACGCAAACAGGAUGCUUCGCAAAUCUUUGGCGCCAUUUUGCGCAACGAUGUGGGCUUCCACAUAGCCAGGGAUUUCUAUAUUCAUAAUUUCCAGAUGCUGCGGGACUACUAUCAUUCCAACACACGCGAGUUGAUUGGACUGCUGCAACAGAUUACCCAGCACAGCAGCAGCAGACGGGACUAUCGCCACCUGCGGAUAUUCAUUCAUGGCCACCAGGAGCUGCUGCAGAAAUCGUCGCGGAGCCUGCGCCGCGCUCUGGAGCAGGCGCAAGCAAAUCUGCGCUGGCGCCAGGAGCAGCUCUGCGAAUUCACCAACCAGCUCGCAAUGCGCAAUUGUGACUGAAUUUUUACGAA